AUGAGGGUCAAGUUUGUUGUUUAUACUGGGGGGAAGUGGGAUGUCAUUAACGGAAACAUUGAGUAUGUUACUGGUGUCGAUUCAAGGAGACGUGGUUUAGAAAUUGAAACAGAUCAUUCAUAUAAUAGUUUUUUAAACUAUAAUCCUUUUGAAUUAUAUAAAUUAUAUGUUAUUCAAGAGUCUGAUGUUGGUUCCUCUGGUUUGUCUUGUUUAAACAAUUUCAAAGCUCCAGAUCUAAAUAUUCCAGUAAAAGAAAGUUUUGAUGUUUUAAACGAUGAGUGUCCUAAUUUAGAAAAAUAUUUUGAAAAAUCUUUAACGUCUCACAACGAAUCAGGUUCUUCAUCUAUAGUGUUCGAGGCCGGUCAUAUAUUCAAUAACAAAGAAGAGAUGAAGCUCGAGUUGGGAAAGAAAUGUUUGUUAGAGCAUUUCGAGUUUAAAGUUGAUAGAUCAUCUAAGACACGGUAUGAAGUUUCAUGCAGGGGUGAUGGUUGUGAAUGGCGAUUUAAGGCUCAUGCUAUUCCUUGUGGCAAUUUAUGGUUUGUUAAACAUAUGAACGAUAGACACACCUGUUCAAAGACGCAAACACACCCACAUUUCCGUCAGGCUAACCCAAAGGUUUUGGGUCACUUUUUGAAGGAACAACUAAAAGACAGUGGUAGGAUAUAUCGAGCGAAAGAGAUUGUCAAAGAUUUUAGACAAAGGUUCGAGGUUGAGAUAACAAACCUUCAAGCUUGGAGUGGUAAAAGCUAUGCACUUGAACUACUACAAGGAACAAUACGAGACUCUUUUGCCGAACUACCAAUAUAUUGUUACAAUUUGAAACUUGCAAAUCCUGGAAGCGUUACCCACAUCUUGGUUGAUGAGCAGAGUCGUUUUGAAAUGGUUUUUGUUGCUUUAGGGGCUGCGAUUCGUAGCUUUAUGUUUAAUCUAAGACCUGUCGUUAUCAUUGACGCGGCACACCUAAAGGGUGAAUUUAAAGGGACGUUGUUUUUAGCAGUGGGCAUGGAUGGAAAUAAUCAGAUUUUACCACUUGCUUAUGGCAUUGGAAAAUCAGAGGAUGGUGAAUCUUGGACAUGGUUUCUCUCAAAGCUUAGAGAUUGUGUUGGUGAAAUAGCAGAUAUGGCGAUCAUUUCGGAUAGGGCGAAUUCGAUACAUGUUUUAACAAAUAUUGGGUUUUGUAGAUGGGCAAGAGCUCAUUGUCCCGGCAAUCGAUACCACUAUAUGACAUCUAAUAGUGCGGAGUCUAUUAACUCUUUGUCUAGAUUCUCGCGUAAGAUGCCAAUAACGCAACUUACAAACACUAAAUAG